UAUAUUACUACCGGUACCCCCUUCCCCAGCAUGUUUCUCGCACAAGCUUUACAGCUCGAUUAGUGGCAACCAAUCAGACGGCCAGUCUUCUGUGAUUAACGUGACCUCAGCCAAUCAGAGGCCUUGUUUUGACCAGCUGGGUAGUACCGGGCUACUUCUCUUAAACUUCGGCGGCUUCAAAGACGAAGAGGACUCUCCAAAAUGCCUCAGACCAGCAAGUCGAGUGGUGCUGGUGCUGCCAGUCCAGCAUCUGCGCCAGACCAAGGUGAGCCUCCGCCCCCAGAGGGCGCCAGGGCUCAGGUGGCUGCUGGAGACGGGGAGGAAGGAGCCACUGUAGACGACCAGGGAGACCCAGAGAUCGUCAAAUCACCCAGUGACCCAAAGAGAUACAGAUACAUCGAGCUGAGCAACGGCCUCCGAGCACUCCUCAUUUCCGACUUCAGUGGGGCCGACGGGGAGGGAGGCGAUGGAGAGUCGGCAGAGCAGGAGGAAGAGCAGGAAGAGGAGGAGGGUGGGGAAGAAGAUGAAGGGGACUCAGGUGAGGGCUCAGAGGAGGAAGAAGGGGACAGAGCAGAGGAAGAGCAGGACAGCGACUUUGAAGAGCUGGAAGAGGAGAACCCAGUGAAGAAGAAGAAGAGCUCUGAGAAGCAGGCUGCAGCAGCUCUGUGCAUUGGUGUGGGGAGUUUCAGUGACCCUGAUGAGCUGCCCGGCCUCGCACACUUCCUGGAGCACAUGGUGUUCAUGGGCAGUGAGAAAUACCCGGCGGAGAACGGCUUCGACGCCUUCCUGAAGAAGCACGGCGGCAGUGACAACGCCUCCACAGACUGCGAGCGGACCAUCUUCCAGUUCGAUGUGCAGAGGAAGCAUUUCAGAGACGCGCUCGACAGGUGGGCUCAGUUCUUCAUCUGUCCUCUGAUGAUCGAGGACGCCGUCGACAGAGAGGUGGAGGCUGUCGACAGCGAGUUUCAGCUGGCGAGGCCGUCCGACUCCCACCGGAAGGAGAUGCUGUUUGGGAGUCUGGCCAAACCGGGACACCCGAUGAGCAAGUUCUGCUGGGGUAACGCUCAGACAUUAAAGCACGAGCCCCGAGAGAAGCAGAUCAACUCCUACGAGCGGCUCAGGGACUUCUGGAGGAGAUAUUACUCAGCUCAGUACAUGACACUCACUGUUCAGUCCAAAGAGACUCUGGACACGCUGGAGGAGUGGGUGAGGGAGAUCUUCAUUAGGGUGCCUUCCAGCGGUGAACCUCGACCUGACUUCUCUCACCUGCAGCAGCCGUUUGACACGCCGGCCUUUAACAAACUCUACAGAGUGGUGCCUGUGAGGAAGGUUCAUGCUCUGACCAUCAGCUGGGCCGUCCCGCCACAGGGGAAGCAUUACAGAGUGAAGCCUCUUCAUUACAUCUCCUGGCUCAUCGGACAUGAAGGGACGGGCAGCAUCCUGUCGCUGCUCAGGAAGAAGAUCUAUGAGGAAAUUCAGAAGAUCGAAGCCAACGAGUUCCACUACCAGGAACAGACGGAUCCCAUCGAGUUUGUGGAGAACAUCUGCGAGAACAUGCAGCUGUUUCCCAAACAGGACUUCCUGACCGGAGACCAGCUCAUGUUCGAGUACGACCCCCAGGUGAUCAACGCCGCUCUGUCCCUGCUGAAACCCGACAGAGCGAAUCUGCUGCUGCUGUCGCCGGAAAACGAAGGCUGCUGCCACCUCAAAGAGAAAUGGUUCGGUACCUGCUACAGCGUGGAGGAUAUCCCAGAGGAGUGGGCUGAGCGCUGGGCUGGAGACUUCGAACUCAACCCUGAACUCCACCUGCCUGCUGAGAACAAAUUCAUCGCAACGGAUUUCACCUUGAAAACGUCUGACUGUCCGGACACAGAGUAUCCUGUGAGGAUUGUGAACAGCGAGCGCGGCUGUCUGUGGUACAAGAAGGACAACAAGUUCAAGAUCCCCAAAGCCUACAUUCGCUUCCACCUGAUCUCCCCGAUGAUCCAGAAGAGCCCAGAGAACCUGGUUCUCUUCGACCUCUUCGUGAACAUCCUGGCUCAUAACCUGGCAGAGCCGGCCUACGAGGCCGACGUGGCUCAGCUGGAGUACAAACUGGUGGCCGGAGAGCACGGACUGAUGAUCCGGCUGAAAGGCUUCAACCACAAACUGCCUCUGCUGCUGCACCUGAUCGUGGAUCAGCUGUCAGACUUCAGCACCGAGCCGAGCGUCUUCACCAUGUUCUCAGAGCAGCUGAAGAAGACCUACUUCAAUAUCCUCAUCAAGCCGGACAGGCUGGGCAAGAGUCCAAAGAGUUUCUGCGCUACUUCACUGAGAAGCUGCAGUUCCAGCCGCUGCCUGCAGACGUCCCCGUGCUGUUCCGGGUGGUGGAGCUGCCGCUGAAACAUCAUCUCUGCAAAGUGAAAUCUCUCAACAAAGGAGACGCCAACUCUGAGGUCACCGUCUACUACCAGUCCGGGCUGAAGAAGCUCAGGGAGCACGCGAGUUCGUCGAGGCAAAGAUCGAGGAGUUCCUGGUGAGUUUCGGUGAGUGUCUGUCGGGUCUGAGCGACGAGGCCUUUGGGACUCAGGUGACGGCGCUCAUCAAGCUGAAGGAGUGCGAGGACGCACACCUGGGGGAGGAGGUGGACCGCAACUGGUUCGAGGUGGUCACGCAGCAGUACGUCUUCGACCGGCUCAACAAGGAGAUUGAGGUUCUGAAGACGUUCACCCAACAGGAGCUGGUCUCCUGGUUCCUGGAGCACAGAAACAACAGCAGCAGGAAGCUCAGCGUGCAUGUGGUCGGCUUCGGCGUGGAGGAAGGUGAUCAGAGCACCGCCUGCAGCCCAGAUUCUGCUACCUCGUCCUCGGCCUACGGUGAAGUGAGCGAGCUGACAUUUGUGCCGAUCUCGUCGCCAUCUCUUCAGGACACCACGCUCAUCACUGACAUCAGAGCUUUCACCUCCUCCCUCCCCCUCAACCCCUACCACAAAAUCAUCAACUAGGCUCCACCC